UAUAUCGGAGCGUGUGCUCGCGGUAAAUUUGUCGUGUAUCGUGUAUCCGCGACUGGCGGGUGACGAUUAGACGCGUUCAUGAGCGUUCAUUACGACAAGAUGCGUCUUCUUCUGGAGUUGUAUUUUCAAUUAUGCAACGAGAUACCUCCAUUUUGACGGGAUAUGUAAUAUGUGACGUUAUUUGUAAUAGGGUAGCACGCGUAUUCACGGGAAAUGCUGUAGAUGCGAUCCUUGUGAUAGAUAAACAACAUACAUGCCGACGCCGGUGAUCGCGCGUUAAUCGGAACGUUUAACGAAACGUCAUGGAGAAUAACAAGCAGCAAUCAACAUUGUCGAAUGGCUCGACGAAAGUGAGCAGCGCGUCCGACGAUGGCAAAAACGACUUACAAAUGGUACUGGCGAAAAUGAUGGAGGAGAAGCAUACCUAUACGUAUAAGAAACUGGUAGUGCCGCCAUCGAUGAGAAGCAUUUACUGGAAAUUCUUCGGCUUUCCAGCCACGGAUGACGGCGACAUUCUCACCAAGGUAAAAAUCGUCUGUAUACUGUGCAAGACGCAGAUCGCCUAUAAUCGUAACACCAGCAAUCUCCGUAUGCAUCUGCAAAAUAAGCAUGCCCAGGAACUACUGGAACUGGAAUCAUCGAAUCCUCCAUCCAGGCAAAUUAUAUCCCAGGAGAACAAGGAGCGCAAAGCUCAAAAGAGACUGUUGAAAGCAGGCUUGAGCCCGACGAAAUAUAUUUAUACCACUAAUGCAGAUGGUACUGUCCAAAUAGACGGUGAUAUACAAUUCGUUACAGAUCCUAACAUAAGUCUGUCGAAUAUGGAGGAUGACAUUACCAUUGGUCAACCACUGAGAGUAAUGAUCAAGAGUGGAUCUGGUAUUAAUGGCAGCAGUCAAAAUGUGGCAUUUCUCAUGUCGGAGGAAAAUGUGACAAAUCAAUCGGUAGAUGUAAAAACUGUAUCAGAUGCUAUAGCGGAAUUUAUCGUAAUGGAUCUGCAAUUGCCAGAUAUUGUAGAAGGUCGCGGAUUUCAAAGAUUGGUAGCCACUUUGCGCUCGCCUUGCGAGAUUCCUAGUAAAAACAAACUAGAGGAGGAAAUAAUACCAAGAAUAUAUGAUACUUUUCGAGAAUCAGUGGCUGCUUCAUUAUCCUGCAUUGCUUCAGAGCUAGCAUUGACAAUAGAAGAAUGGAAAUCAAACAACGAUGAGCAUUUUGUUACCGUAUCAAUUUAUUAUCAAAAUGCUGGAGAGGUUACUUUGGAGUGUAAAGUUUUAAGCACUCUUCAUGCACCAUUAGAUUGGGAGGAAUCCCAUUGGGGUAGUACUAUUGAUUCUUUAUUACUCGAGUGGGAUCUCAAAGUGGAGAAAAUAACAGCAGUGGUUGUCAGUACUUCUAGAACAGAAUUACUUAUGGCAUUAAGUAACCGUGGCUUGACUUUAGUGCCAUGCUUGCUUCACACUUUACAGGUGUGUGCGCAAGCUUGUUUUGAGAAUCCUGAAGUAGCUCACAUACUAUCAAAAUGCAGAUCAGUCAUUGGAGCUAUCAUAAGUCAUCCAGCUGCGUCUGCAACAUUAAUUAUGCAAGAGCAAUUAUUAGAGUUGGAAGAAAAUGCUAUGUUGUUAGAUUAUCCAGUUGUAUGGAUAUCAACAUAUAGCAUGCUGGAGCAAAUGGUAAUGCGUCGUAACAUAGUCAUAUCUAUAUUAGAAAAUAUGGAAGGAAUAGAUCAAGAGAUGUUUGAAAUCACUAAUGAACAAUGGAAAAUUAUGGAAGAUCUAGUGGGUGUUCUUGAACCAUUCAAAGUUACUAUUAUGACAUUAAGUGAAGAAAAAAUGCCUCUGAUAUCAUUAUUAAAGCCAUUAUUAUGGCAACUUGUAUCUUCGCAUCUGAAAGUUAAAGAGUCUGACAGUGAUAUUGCUAAAACAUUUAAAGAAUCCUUGUCAGAUAUGUUAUGUGAACGAUACGCGGAUUACAAUGUCACAUUGCUCUUACAAAUCGCAACUACUUUAGAUCCUAGAUUUAAAUCAUUACCGUACGUUACCGAAGAGGAUAAAAGUGUAGUUAGUUCUCCCAUAAAAGAAAUGCUGACGAAAUUGAUUCAGGAAGAAUCCGGGGAUAAUAUCUCCAUAAAGACUGAAGAUGAAACAGUACAAAGUAAAAAAACUAGAGUAUCAGGUAUGGAACUUUUACUUGGGGGUCUGUGCGCUACCAAGACUGGAAUGCCUGCAGAGGAAAAAGCGGAUCUCGAGGUUGUUCAAUAUCAAUCGGAAUCCAUUGCUCCGCUCGAUCAUUGUCCCUUACAAUGGUGGUCUAAAGUGUCCGCGAAAUGUCCCAACUUGGCAAAACUGGCAAGUAGAUAUCAUUGUGUGCCCGCCUGUUGCGCACCACCUACACGUAUUCCGGCAGAUAUACAGAUACAAUACGAUACAAAGCGAGCGGCUUUACCACCUCACCUGAUCGAUAAACUGCUUUUUUUGCAUGGUAAUCAUACCAUGCAAGUGUGAAAAGGAUUUCUAAACUGAGGGGAUAAAAAUAUCUGAGAAAUACCUCACUGGUAAAGAUAAGAUAUUUUCGUAAUAUACAUGUCGAAUGCAACAUAAUGUAAGUCUAAAGUAAUAUGCACGCUGAUAAAUUCGUGUACAAGUGUACAAUAUAUACAUUAUAUAUUAUAAGUAUCUAAAAUACAUCAACCAAGAACUUUGUUUUCGCUCGUAUUGAAUAUACGACAUUCCUUCGAUUUGAUAUAAAAAUGAUCGAUUAUUAUCAAGAUAGAUUUCUAAACGCACAAUGCCAGAUACAGUAGUAUAAUGUGAUUUCUUUAAUUCCGCAAAAGUUAGAGUGAAGAAAAUAAAAAAAUAAAAUAUAGAAAAGAGUGAAAGAUUGUACAAAUUAUUUUGAUAUAUAAAAAUUCUAGGAUAGAAUACUCUGAAAACAAAAUAUUAAUGAUAUUAUAUCCCAGCUCAUGUAAUUCGCAUAAUGAAAUGCAGAAUUCGCAGAAUUGCGCGAGCUGUGAUAUAAUAUCCUUUAUAUUUUCUUUUCAGAAUAUUCUUUUCUAGAAUUUUUAUAUAUCAAAAUAAUUCGCUUUUCACUCUCUUCUAUAUUUUACCAUCCUUAUUAUUGGGUUUUAUUUUCUUCACUAUUAUGCGGAGUUAUAACUGUAUUUUAAUAAAGAUAUAACUGUUCUGUUUUAUUGAAACUAAUCUAUUCUAGUAUUUCGCGACUGUAUAUCAUGAAAUUGAGAAGUAAAUGCUAAAAUAAUCAUGCAGACUUUGUAACUAAUUUUAAAAAUUGUUAAAAAUUAUAUAUGGUAGGUUCAAGAGAUAUAUAUCCAAUUAUCACAUUUAUAUCGUUAAUGGAUCAUUUGAUGAAUUUUUUGUUAAUAUACGAAUCCAAUAGAACGCUUGAUUAUAUAGUUUUAUCUUUAUAAGAUUUUAAAUCUCAAUCCCAUAACACACAUUGAAUACUGAAUUAAUUUUGCAUGUCUUGCCGCCUAUGUUGAAAACUUUUGCUAUUAAAAGUAUGUAAUAUGAUUGAAUUAUUUGUAUCAUUAUGCAUAGAGCAUUUUAGCUGCUAGAAUUCGAAUUCUCUUUUAUGUCAAGUAUUAAUUGAAUAUAAACGGGUAUUUGUUUAUUUUAAUAUAAUUAGGCAAUCGAAUAUUGAGAAACUAUAUUGAAUACUAUUUAAUUAAAUAGACCAAAUCUUUUUUCAGCUAAUCUUUAGCUAUUUUUAGCUUUAUCUAUUUUGUUCAUUCCGCAUCUGAAAAUAUUAAAUAAGAGAGGCCCAAUAUCAUUAAAAAUUAAA